UAGUGUCUCUAGGAGGACAAGAGCAGGAGAGAGAACGGUGAUAAGAAGAGAGAUAGAAAAAAAAAGGAAAAAAGAAACUACAUCAAAGAGAAAAGAGAGCUAUUGCUAAGCUGGGAAUCUAUCCGGCAGACUGCAGAGACUUCAGCUUGUGUCCAAAACCAGUUAAAUCUAGAGUAACUGGGAGUCUACCAGGAAGACAGACUGGUUUCUAGCCACAGGGAGUUAGACUGCAAAGCACCAUGGCUGACAAUGUGAAUGAGGAGUCGGAUUAUACCCCGGGGAAAGAUGAGCUGGACUGGGGCUACGAGGAAGGUGUAGAAUGGGGACUUCAUUUCCCAGCAGCCAAUGGCGAGUACCAGUCUCCCAUUAAUCUGAACUCCAGGGAGGCUCAGUACGACUCGUCACUCCUGGACGUGGGAUUGUCACCGAACUACGUGGUGUGCCGAGACUGUGAGGUCAUCAAUGAUGGACACACUGUCCGCAUCAUUCUCAAGUCCAAGUCAGUGGUUACUGGGGGUCCACUGCCAAGUGAUCAUGAGUAUGAGCUUCAUGAGGUUCGAUUCCACUGGGGCAAAGAGAACCAGAGAGGAUCGGAGCACACUGUCAACUUCAAGGCUUUCCCUAUGGAGCUUCAUCUGAUUCACUGGAACAGCACUCUGUUUAACUCACUGGAGGAUGCUCUGGGAAAGAAGAAUGGAGUACUUAUCAUAGCUCUUUUUGUGCAGAUCGGUAAAGAGCAUCUGGGUCUGAAGGCCAUCACUGAAGUUCUCCAGGACCUGCAGUACAAGGGGAAGAGCAAAAUAAUCCCCUGCUUCAAUCCCAACACUCUGUUACCUGAUCCACUACUGAGAGACUACUGGGUGUAUGAGGGCUCUCUGACCACGCCACCUUGCAGUGAAAAUGUGACCUGGAUUCUCUACCGCUACCCUCUCACCAUCUCACAGUUACAGAUUGAGGAGUUUCGGAGACUGCGGUCCCAUGUCAAGGGCGCGGAGCUGCCAGAAGGGAAUGAUGGGAUGUUGGGGGACAACUUCCGUCCCACCCAGCCGCUCAGUGACCGGACGGUUCGUGCUGCCUUUCAGUGACUCCCACUUUCCAGUGCCAUCUCAGACAAACUGUGGGACAUACAGAUACAAUCAAAGAAGGAGAGGAGAGAAGAAAGGUGUAAAGAGAGGAGUGGAAAUGCAAGGAUGUGGUUUCAGAUCAGCUGCAGAAUUGGACAGAAGAUGGACAAAGAAGCUAUUGAUCACACCCAUACAGUGUGCUUUUGUGUGUGUGUGUGAGUGUGUGUGUGUGCGCGCGCGCAUGUGUGUGUAUGCUUAGGCGUAGUCUCCUUUUAAUCGUAUAUAACAUCCUCCCUGUGUCUCUGUGUACUGUAGGUGUUGAUUUGUUAAUCUGAUGUGUGUGUCCUGAUUAGGUGACAGGAGGCUUUACAAUCGCCCCAUCUCUGCUGUCAAAACAAAAGGAAGCUUGAACCACAGAUGUACCUAGUCUCUCUCUCUGUCUCACACACACACACACAUGCAUACGCACUAAUCAUGCCUUCCAGACUGUACACAUUUUAUUGCCGCUGCACAGCUUCGACACAUAGUUUACAAACUAAAUCUGAGCUGAAAUCAGCUGAAUUUGAAAAUAAAACUUAAACAUGUAUCCAUACUGCCAGCUGUCUUUUUCUAAGUUCUUGCCAGCUGCUCCAACAGCAAACUGAAGGUCUCUACUGUACUGAAUAUUUUUGACUACACUAAAUCUCUGUUAUUAGUAUUUCAUUAUUAAAUGGCCCCAAAGGGCUGGAGAGGGACAGUUAAGAGCAGAUGUACUGGCUGGAAUCCAGUUUUCUGGAUAUCAUUGUAAAUGCUGUACUGAAGGAAUCUUUGAGCCCAGUGAUUUCCAUCAGAAGCUGCUUGUACCUGCUGGCUUUUCACAACCACACUGUGGAGGUUUGGCUGAUUUUGUAUGUUAACCCUAUUUUUUUUCAUCCAAAUAUGAUCUAUUCUGCUCAUUUACAUAUUUUAAUUCUUGGACUCUACUAGAGUGGCUUUCUUUCUUUGAACAUUCUCAAUAUUUUUAAGGCUUACAAGUCAUACCCAGAAUAUGCUAAUUACAAUGAAACUGGACUAAAUUGAUUAACUAUUGCAAAUUUAUGUUCUUGUGCCUAAAUGAGUUGAUCAACUUUUUAAAACUGCACCUUCUUCUUUUUCUUUUGGCAAAGCAGUUUACACUAAUGUCACUCAGCCUACAGUCAAGUCAUCUUAGCUUGACCUCGAUUUCUCCCUGCACAGCUUAGGCAUGGUGCAACAAUAUGUACGCUGCUAUGGAGUGUGCACAGAUGUGAGCUGUUGUUAGAAAUGUAAAAUAAUCUACAGCCAAAUCAAAAGGAUAAACCUAUAUAUAUAUAUACAGAUAGAUUUUACUGGGCUUUGGUGCAUCCCCUCAGUUCAUCUUCUUUUUGAACCAAGCUGUUUUAGCUCUUAUGACAAACAGAAGGUUUGAACAGCAGGUGGGUGGAUGUUGGUGUCUGAGAUGACCAUAUUAGGGAUAUCCACUCUCAGUGACAUCAUACAAAGUUAUAAGUUAAUAUUUAGUCUGAGGUCUGAACUUUUGGCUCAGAGGUAUUACUUGUACAUAUGCUGACCUCAUUAUUUGAAACUUUGGCCACAUUUAAUAUGAGUAUCCAUCUCUGGAACGGCAUAUAUAUGACAAACUAGGGAAAAGCAUAAUAGGGCCACUUUCAUGUUUAGUCAGCAGGCCCUUUUGACACAUCUCUGACCAAACUAACAUACAAACUAAAAAACUAUACAGUCCCUCAUGAAGCACUAAUUUUGAAUAAAAACUAAGUCUCAUGCACAUGAUGCUGAAUGUCUUUAUACAAUCAGGAGCUUUAACACUGAAUAUCAGUGUUCCUACUGAACCCUCAGCAGUGGAAUACCACUGUCAUUACCACUGUGUGUGUGUGUGUGUGUGUGUGUGUGUGUGUGUGUGUGUGUGUGUGUGUGUGUGUGUGUGUGUGUGUGUGUGUGUGUUUGGUCUUGUAUGACAAACUGAGCUGACAUAAACUGUGAGAACUGAUGACUGUUACUGUAAAGCCACAAUAAACUUGAC